CUCUCUAACUCAACUAUAUAAACACCUACUCAUCUCCUCCAAUUUCUCACUCUCUCUCUCUAUAUCCCUCAAUUUUUUGUCUAUUACUUUUCAACCACCGCCACCGUAAUCACCAUGACUGCUUACAGAGGCAAAUACGCCGAUGAGCUCAUUGCCAAUGCCAAUUACAUUGGCACCCCUGGAAAGGGUAUCCUUGCUGCCGAUGAGUCGACAGGCACAAUCGGCAAGCGUUUUUCCAGCAUCAAUGUUGAAAAUGUCGAGGAAAACAGACGUGCUUUCCGUGAGCUCCUCUUCACCGCCCCUGGUGCCCUCCAAUACCUCAGUGGAGUUAUUCUUUUUGAAGAAACCCUCUAUCAGAAGACUAAAUCGGGCAAGCCAUUUGCUGAGCUUUUGAAGGAGAAUGGUGUCCUCCCCGGUAUCAAGGUUGACAAGGGUACCAUUGAGAUUGCUGGAACCGAUGGUGAGACUACCACUCAGGGUCAUGAUGGACUUGCCCAACGUUGCCAGAAGUACUAUGAAGCUGGUGCACGUUUUGCUAAAUGGCGUGCUGUGCUCAAGAUUGGUCCAAAUGAGCCAUCUCAACUUUCUAUCAAUUUGAACGCAGAGGGAUUGGCCAGAUAUGCCAUCAUCUGCCAAGAAAAUGGUUUGGUCCCCAUUGUUGAGCCUGAGAUCUUGGUUGACGGAACUCAUGAUAUUAACAAGUGUGCUGACGUGACGGAGCGUGUUCUAGCUGCCUGCUACAAAGCACUCAAUGACCACCAUGUGCUUCUCGAGGGAACUCUAUUGAAGCCUAACAUGGUUACCCCUGGAUCAGAAUCUGCCAAGGUUGCACCUGAGGUGAUUGCUGAGUACACAGUCCGCGCUCUUCAGCGCACGAUGCCAGCUGCAGUUCCAGCUGUUGUGUUCUUGUCUGGUGGCCAGAGUGAAGAGGAGGCUACCCUCAACCUCAAUGCCAUGAACAAACUCCAGACCAAGAAGCCAUGGAAUCUUUCCUUCUCUUUCGGACGAGCCCUUCAAGCAAGUACCCUCAAGGCUUGGGUCGGAAAGGAAGAAAAUGUGAAGAAGGCUCAGGAAACAUUGCUCGUCAGGUGCAAAGCCAACUCCGAGGCAACUCUCGGAACUUACAAGGGCGAUGCAACUCUCUCUCAGGGUGCCUCAGAGAGCCUCCAUGUCAAGGACUACAAAUACUAAAAAGUUAUCGGGUUGUGUGUUUUGUUUUUAAAAUUAUUAAUGGAGAGUAACAGACUUGUCUUUUACCGUCUCAGGCAUAGUUUUAGGACCUUUUUCUGUUGUGUUGCCGAUCGGAUUUAGUAUGGUGUAGCUUAAUAAGAAGCUUGAGGAACAUUUUGUUGUUGAGUUUGAAAGGAUUUGAUCAGUAUGUGAUGAAAUUCCUUAAAUGUUGUCUUUUUAUCAAGUUAUUGAAGUUUUAUUGACCUCCAUCUA